AUGUCUGUGUUUAAAUUGCAAAAUAAAACUUUUGAUAUCAAUGCUAAGCAUAGAUAUUUGAAUUUCACAGCUUAUCAUUUUGAUAGGAAACAGUUUAAUUCUUUGGUAGAAAAGUAUUUUAAAAGUAAUAAAAAUCCUUUUCGCUACAUCAAAUAUCAAUAUGAAAGGAAUUACAAUCCCCAACAAGAUCAGAUGGACAUUCAUAUCCAAGGAGUUCUAAUUCUCAAAGACGCAACAAGAAUCGGAAAAUAUUUAAAAGCUGGUGAAAAAAAUAGAAAAAAAGAUAUUGCUUUAGGUGUUAAAGGUCUUUUACAAAUGAAUAAAACUCAUUUUGAAGGUGUUGCAAGCAUUGAAGAUUCUGUUCGUUAUACUGGAAAAGAUUAUAACAAAUGCUCAUUGUAUCACAAAAAACCUAUUGAUCCAAAUGAUCCCUUAUGUUGUGUCGAUUGUAAUGAAAGUUGUAAAAAAUAUAGAACUUUGGUGAGAUAUGAUUCUGAUUCUGGACCUUUCGAAUAUGGAACUUAUAUUGCAAAAAACAUUACAAAAAUUAAGAAGAAUAAUAAAACCCUUGAAGAUGAUUAUUUAGAAGAAGUUAUUCAAGAUAUCUUAGAUGGGAAGCUUAUUAAAGAUCAAAUUCUUGUCAAAUACAUAAAAAAAAUAAACAAUGGGUGUUGGAAAUCUUGCAAUAUUUAUAUUUUUGGUUAUCCACGUACCGGUAAAUCAUAUCUUUUUUGUAUUCUAUUUCCUAAAGCAUAUGAGAAACCAAGUGAAGAUCCAAAGUGGUGGCCAAACUUUAAUGGGCAAGAAGAAGUUAUCAUUAAUGAAGUAGAUGGCAAUUAUUUUAAAUGGAAAGAUUUGUUAAAUAUUUUAGAUCGCGAAGAAAGAGGAUACAAAAAAACAAAUAGAAAAUAUUUUUCAGUAUUAAACGAUAGAUUUGAUUAUGUUAUUGAAUAUUACAAAUAUAGAGUUGAUGAGAAACCAAUAUGCGAAAAUGAAUAUAUUUGUUGUAAAGUAAAAAGAAUUUUUCAUAAAGGUUCUAAAGCUUCUUUCAAUAAUCAAGAAUUUGAGAUAGAGUUUAAUGACAAAGUAGAUGAAAAAGCAAUAAUUUCUAUAAUGCAAAAAAAAGAUGGACUUCUCUUUAAAAAAAGCAACAGAUACUAUUGGCGUCCAGAGUUUAAAUUUGAUAGAACAAAAUAUAUUUUGACAGAUUGUGAGAACUUCAAUGGUAUAGAAGCAGAUAUCAUAGUUUAUCCAGCAAUUGUUGAAAAAUUACGUGCUAAAAAUAGUAAAGAAAUUGAAAUAAUUGAUCAUAAAGAAAAAUAUAAAGAAUUAUUUGAAUCUGAUACUACAAAAAAUAAUGAGGUUCAAGAAGAAGAAUCAAGCAAAGAAGAUUUAUCAGAUAUUAAUUCUGAUGAUUCAGAUUAUACACAUAGAAAAAAGAAAAGCAAAUCAGUUGUUGAUUCCAUUACUAAAAAUUUAAUAGCAACAAAAAAAAACUCUUUCCG